AUGGCUCUUCAAGUGAACGUUGGAGUGUUUGAUCCACAAAAUAAAGUGUCGUAUGCCGUAACUUCAAAGGAGCUUGAAGGCUUGAAAGACAAGAAUUUUUCGUUCACCAUUGAAGAAACAGCAGAUGGAAUGUCUCAAGCAGUUUUUAGAAUAACUGAUGACAGUGGCAAGAUUUUACGUGAAAAUAUCUCUAAACCAUUUCCAGCUGGGGCCAUACAGAAGAAGUCCACAGAAUUGCAGAGACAUGCUUUUGUGGUCAAGGUAAAGAAACAGCCUGGUGUCAACCUAAAUGACUAUUUUUAG